CUGCUUCCUCAUAGCCAACUUGAACUUGGUCUUACCUGCAGCAGCAUGCCAACUGAUCGACGUAAGGGUUAAAGCUGGAAGCAACCGCAGCAGUAUCUCAGACUAUCUGCUCCCCGCAGUCCGUGCUUCCAUUACCAAUAUCCGCAUUCCGGGCGACAGAUUCGAGGAAGACGUAACAAAAUGGUGCCGGCAGGGCUGCUGCAGACCAGCCUGAUCUGGGUCGCAUACGGCGUAGCUGUCGUUCUUUGUCUUUUUGUCGCCGUCAUCACAACGCUCACAUGGCAAACUCGGUACGAACGGUCGGUCGCCGUGAGCAUUGUCUCAAUUAUCAGCCUGACCUCGUUGCUCGCCACUGUUUUCCUGCUCCCCGUCGAUAUCGCGCUUGUCUCGUCAACCGCGUCGGCACACCUCGGCGCAAAGAAGGAUUGGGCAACGCCCGAGCGGAUUGACGGUAUUCUCUUGACGCUGAAGAUAGUGUACUACACGCUUUAUACGCUGGACGCCCUACUAUGCCUCCUCGUCAUACCGUUCACUUACUUCUGGUACGAGGAAUACGAUGAGGUGGAGCAGCAAGAGCAACCGAGCAGCUGGGGAGCUCGCUUCUGGCACGCUUUCAAGUAUACCCUUGGCUUCGUGUUCUUGGUGGUGAUUCUCUUCCUCAUCGGUUUCUUCGUGCCGGCAGCCGGGAAGGAUCGCGGAAGACACAUGGACCUGGACUACUUCAAGCGCCUGCUUGCGGCGAACAAUGGGGAGAAGGCGCUGACCUUUGGUGUCGGCCUGCUCAUGACCCUUGGCACCCUUCUCUACAUAUUAUACACGGGUGCUGGUCUGGCUCUGCUUCCUGUGUCCUUCAUCAAGUCCGCUCCGUCCAUCUCCGCCCCCCAGCUGUCGGCGUCAACCAGCUCCGCGCUGGAGCGCAACCGCGAGCUCCAGCGGCAGCUGGAGAUACGUAACGCCGGUCGCCCGGAAGGGAUGUCUCAGAAGGACCGAAGAGAGAGGGACGCACUUCUACGCGAGGAACUCACCCUCGUGCGCCGUGAGAGGUUGGCGGCGGAAGCGCGUGGAGAGGGCCGCAGCAGGAUCUACCGCGCCUGGACCAAGGUUCAAGCCGUCUUCCGACCCCUGAAGCUCCUCGGCGGCAUCUUCCUCCUACUCCUGGCCAUCCUCAUCUGGGUAUCGAUGCUCAUCACGGGGAUUGACAAGGCCGCCAACUCCAUCUGCAAGCAGCGAUGUGGCUACAUUCUGGGCCAUCUCAACGUCUUUCAACCUGUCAACUGGAUCUUCGUCCAGUCAGCCAAGGCCUUCCCGGCCGAUUACAUUCUCAUGGCGCUCCUGGUCAUUCUCUUCUUCAGCAGCUCCAUCACGGGUCUCGCCUCGAUCGGCAUCCGCUUCCUGUGGGUGCGCAUCUUUCAGAUAAAGAAAGGUCGCACCGCCCCGCAGGCUCUCCUCAUCGCUACCGUACUGCUGGCGCUCAUGACGCUCGCCAUCAACUACGCCAUUGCCAUGGUCGUUGCCCCGCAGUACGCCAUCUACGGCACCCAGACCUUCUGCGUCAACGCCCCCCGCCACCCGGGCGAGCAGCCCGACUGCCGCGAACACCGGGACAUGGUCCGUCCUUGCUCCGAAGUGUUUAGCGAGCCCGCCGCCAAGGACGUGUGCACGCCCACGGUCAUGUCGACCUUCCUCAACCGGAUCACGCUCAACUGGCCCGUGUUCGGCGCUGUCGAUUUCUGGGCCCAGUUUGCAUUCUUGGCUGUAUUUUUGAUUGUCUUCAUCACCAGCCUGUUCCGGACACCGAGACUCAACCUUAGCGAGAUCGAUGAGGAGGCUGAGGUGGAUGAGGAGGAGGGCCUACUGGCGAGUACGGGCAGGAGAUUCGGUGCCACUUGGCAGGAUAUUACGGGGCGGACAACGAGGACGGUUCCUGGACAAGGACGGGCUGACGGCUACGGCACAGCUGCGGAUAGGAAUGGGGUUAGCUCGGGCGCUCGGACUUGAGGUAAACGAAUGGAUGGAUGGGGAUUUCGUGAUGACAUGACGAAAAGGGAACAAAAAGGGACUGGGACGCGAAAUGGAAUUUGGGCAGCGGGUUACUGGCGCGGUUAUGGGAUCUCAUACACGAAGUUGCACUCCUAGAACUUCUGCGUGUGGGGUGUGGCGGUGUUCGAUGGUUUCUUCGGACGGGUACGGCAACUGUUGAUACGUGGUUACUAGUUGCUCUCAGAGCGUUGUCUCACUGGUCAAGGAUAGGUUGGCUUAGGCUGGAACGGAUCGGCCACUAUAUCUUAUUUGUCAUUUCGGCGGAACUCGGGCGAGAAUGACUGUAUCACUCUCGAAUCAAUAGCGAAUA